AGCGACUAUUCCAUAGCCCAGACCAGAGACAGAGAGGGUUCUAUACGCUCGUCCCCACUCCUCCUAUUCCAUAGCCCCCCCUCCGCCGCCACCAGCACAGCUCCCAGCCGGCGACCAUGGCGGAGGAGGCUGCGGCAGCAGCAGCGGCGCCUCUCCUCGAGGGCCUCCCAGAUGAGAUCGUCCUGUGGGAGAUUCUCGUCCGCCUCGACCCCAAAUCCCUCCUCCGCUCCCGCGCCGUCCGCCGCGCCUGGCGCUGCGCCACCUCCACCCGCCGCUUCCUCCUCGCCCACCAUGCCCGCCAGCCAACCCUCCCUUUCGUCUGCAGAGACAGAUCCCAUAGCAUCCUCGCCUUCGACCAGCGGGCCGCCGCCGAUGCCCAGCUCCACACCGUCGCCCGGCUUGCCGAGCCCUUCCUUCUUGAGGCCUCCUGCGACGGCCUCCUCGUCCUCUCCAGGUGCACCCGCCGCUUCUCCGUCUACAACCCGGCCACGCGUGAGCAUGCCUCCCUUAGGUGUCCAGCCUGGGACUUCAACAUCGUGGGGAUGUAUCCACAUCCACCUACCGGCGAGUACAGGCUGCUACUGCGAUGUUGCGACAUGGACAUGCCUAAGGACGAAUUUGGCUGCUAUGUCCUUCCGUUGGGCUCCGACCAGCCACCGAGGUACAUCGGGUGUCCGGAGAGAGAAGUGGUCUCAGCGCUCUUCAAUGUACCUGUCUGGGCGCAUCAUAGUCUGCAUUGGUACCCACUGCCUUAUCUGAAAUAUGAGACUGAAAGCGCCCAGCUCGAGGAUCAGGCUGAACAGCAACUGGUAAUAGUUUUCGACACCAUAGCUGAGUCGUUUCGGCAGAUGCGUGCUCCACUUGCUUCCACCUACUCAUCUAUCUUUGAGGUGGAUGGCAUGCUUGGCAUCUAUAGCUCUAACAGGGCUAAGGAAAUUGUUGAUAUAUGGGUGCUGCAGAACUAUGAAAGUGAGAUUUGGGUCUUAAAGUACCGGGUUGAAUUGCCGCUCACACAAAUCAGGAGGAAGCUUGAAGCCCGUGAUGGUGAUGGCAAUUGGUAUGUGAUCGUUGCUUCGGGUGAUGGUGAUGUGCUCUUGCUAGUCAGGUUUGGUCAUUGGCUGUUUUACGUUGACACUGAUGGCAAACUGGUUGCUAGCUUCCAAGACAUCAAUUUCUAUAAAUAUGGGCUCAAACAGACUCUUGUUCCUCAUGAUUUCUUCACGACACGAGAAGGUUUUGCUGCGGACGCUUCACCAUUCAUCUGAUGGCGCCUCAAGGGCCUAGUUUUCGUAUCCUCAUAAGCUGCAGCGUCUAUGAGCUGGAUCAAGUAUGAGCAGGCUCAUUUCUUCUUUUUAUGUUGAUGUAUAAAAAGUUAUGAUAAGAGGUGACUGUUAUGUGGAUCUAUGCUUGGUUAAAUACCCUUUCGGGCUAAGGUUA